AUGAGGGCACGAGAACCGCGUGGUGGGUCAGAUGAAGGGUCCAUCUGCACUGGACGGCAGCGCUAUUUAGGGAGAACAUCCGAACCAGGCCCAGGCAAGAGGGCUGGCCCCCUCACCACCCCCUCGGGGGCAGCAGGGAGGGUUUGCUCCCGCUGCAUCGCGCCGCCUGCUCAGGAGGACCUUCGUGUAGAUGGUCGUGGCUGUGAAGACUACCGAUGUGCAGAAGUAGAAACAGGUGUUGUAUCAAACACAAGUGGAUCUGCAAGAGUAAAGCUGGGGCACACUGAUAUCUUGGUAGGUGUAAAAGCUGAGAUGGGGACACCAAAACUGGAGAAACCAGAUGAAGGUUACCUGGAAUUCUUUGUUGACUGUUCUGCAAAUGCUACUCCUGAAUUUGAAGGCCGGGGAGGAGAAGAACUUGGCACAGAGAUAGCAAAUACACUCUACAGAGUAUUUAGCAGUGAGAGCAGUGUAGACUUGAAAUCACUUUGUAUUAAUCCCAGAGAGCACUGCUGGGUUCUCUAUGUUGAUGUAUUGUUACUGGAAUGUGGUGGAAACCUCCUUGAUGCAAUCUCAAUCGCAGUGAAGGCAGCUCUCUUUAACACAAGAAUACCCAAAGUGCGUGUUCUGGAGGAUGAAGAAGGCUCUAAAGAGAUUGAGCUGUCUGAUGACCCCUAUGAUUGUAUUAGACUUAAUGUGGAUGAUGUGCCCUGCAUCGUCACACUAAGCAAAAUUGGGUAUAGGCAUGUGGUGGAUGCUACACUUCAGGAAGAAGCCUGUUCUUUGGCCAGCCUGCUUAUUUCUGUGACCAGUAAAGGCGCCCUCACUUCUAUGAAGAAAGUGGGGAAAGGUAGCCUUGAUCCUGAGAGUAUUUUUGAAAUGAUGGAGACGGGAAAAAGAGUAGGCAAGUCAUUGCACAUAGCCCUUCAGAAGAUUUUGGAUGAAGAGGAGAGUUUGGGGACCUCACGGCAGAAAGUUGGAUUUCUAGGAUGAGUUUUUAUUAAAUGUUCAAAACUGUUUUUAAUUGAUUGUGCAAUCUUGUCCAUUUGUAUAUAGAAAGAGGAUAUUUUAUUGUUACAGUACCUUUAUCCUUCUGGCUAAGAGGCUUUUAAAAUGUUACUAAGCAUAAAGAAAGCUAUACUUAAAUACGAAUAAGCAAAUUUGAGAUGCUUUCCGUAUGGGUAACUGUCCGCAUCUAGGAAGCACACCAGCAGCAAUUGAUGCAGUUGCCUGGGAAGUGCUUGGGUCUGUUUUCAAGGGUAACUGGUGUAGGUUCCACUUAAUUCUGUUUCCCUGUGUUCCACUUCUGCAGACCAGCUGCUGUGUUCUAGAGUGUAUACAAGAGUGUCCUUGGUACAGCACAAAUGAGAACAGCACUUUGUGGAAUUCUUUCUUCAAGUUAUCUUAAUUUUCUUUGAAUAAAAUGUGGUUAGAUUUUACUAUAAA